AUGAUACCGAUAUUUAAUAAACCGCUAGAGUGUUGUUUAAAAGUGGCUGGUUUUUGGCCAUACGAUUUUAACAUGUUGGGCCCUGUCGCGAUAACCUCAAUGCUUGUUACUACACUUCCUUUUCAAUGUUGGAAUGCAUUUGCUCUAACUGAAAAUUUGGUUGUUCUAAUGGAUAGCCUAAGUGAUAUUUUCACCGAAGUACUAAUAUACAUAAAAAUUUUCAUACUGUGGAAUCAUAGAAGAGAAAUAAGAGACUUAUUAGAAGAAAUUGGCAAAGAUUGGAGUAUAAAAUCAAUUCCGACAGAAUGGGAAAACAUUGCCGACUAUUGUCGCAUUAUUUGUAACAUUGACGUAAUUGUAUAUGCCAGUGCUUCAAUCUUAUAUUAUCCAGAUUUACUAAUGUCGUAUUUCGGCAAACCUGUGAACGAAAGGCAUAUGUUAUUUCAAUCGUAUUAUCCAUUUGAUUACCGCCGUUCUCCAAUUUAUGAAGUCAUAAAUAUAGUAUAUUUUUUUCAAGGAAUAUUAAUGAUAAUUGCUGACUCAGUAAGCAAAACCCUUUUUAUAAGUAUGAUUUUUCAUGUCAGCUCUCAAAUAUAUGAACUCAGAAAUAAUCUAGAGCAAUACUCACGCCAUUCUAACGAUGGUUAUGAAAACAAAAAUUUUAAAAGACUGAAGCUUGUUGUGCAACAGCAUCUAAAAAUUUUAAGUUUAGUUCGCAGAAUUGAUCACAUUUAUUCUUACGUUGCGUUAUUUCAAAUAGUAUUCAGCAGCAUAAUUAUAUGUGUCACAGGUUUUGUUAUAAUUACAGCAAUGGAGUCUGCUAAUAUCAUGCUGCUUGUAAAAUUUAUGACUUUUAUUAUUGCAAUGUUGGCACAAGUUUCAUACUUCUGUUUUGCCGGCCAAUAUCUUCUUAAUAAGGGGGAAUCGAUAGUUGAAAUGAUAAAUAGUUCUUUCUGGUACAAUAGUCAGUGCAAAGACGUUAAAGUACUAAUAUUUGUAUUGACUAAUGCUCAAAAACCACUGACAGUAAGCGGUGCAAAUAUAUUUAAUCUUUCUGCAGAAACAUUUACUAUGAUUGUAAAAACUUCAGCUUCUUAUUUAUCAGUUCUCCGAGCAAUGUACACCCAAUAA